AUGCCGCCACUAGUCCUUCAUAACGUGACCGAGGAUGAGCUUUAUAUCGGCCAGGAUGGGGUCCAAAGACCUUAUGGACUGUACAGCAAUGAUGGAAACCCAGUAGCAGCAGCUAGACCUCGAAGAGCUGUCGCAGAGACAGGCUCGUUCGGGAAAUCAACGAGGCGCUCGAGAUCGAGAACAGGCACGCCAGCAGCAAAGCGCGAAGACCCAACCUUAGCAGCCGCCGAUGCUAUCUUCUCCCAGUUCUUUGCGCAAAAAGCUGCUGAGAAGCCGGAAUCGCCUCAACGAAAGCAGUCGAUAUCAUCCAUCUCACAGCCAAAUCUAUCAGCCGCUCCACUUGCGCAGAUCGAUGGGAACGUAGGGACUUCAUCGCGAUAUGCAAAGAAAGAACCGCCAAAAGAGCCUACCGAGGUUAUACUACGAGGGUUCAAGUCAACACAGCAAUAUGCUGCGAUCAGAGAGUAUGAGAGAAUUGGUGGACGAAUCUGCGAAGACUAUCCACGAGAUGCCCCAAUCGAGCAGCGCCGCUUCAAAUCUGACCUCCGAGACCCAGCGUCAAUGCGAAGAAGGCCUCUCACAGCCGAAGAGAAGGCAAAAGCCUACAAGUUCGCUGGAGAAGAGCACUGGAUCAAAGUAACCUUCGAGUCCGCCGAAGCAGCAGAGGUAGCAGUCGAAGCAUCACCCCAAACCAUCCUAGGACAUAUCGUCUCCGCCGAGCUCUAUCGAGGAGUUCCGCCGACAGCAGAUAGAGCUAAUCCCGUAGAUGGCAAACAAACACAAAGUCUCGGCGCACGACCAGGACCCUCAUCCUCCACUCUUCCACGAUCCUCCACCACCCCCUCGAUGCGCGAAAUAGGACGAGGCACAAACUCCCUCUCUCCACCAGACUCAACAAACAGCUCCUCCCACACCCUGGACACUGCAACCCUCUCCUACACCUCUGGGACCGCCUCUUCCGCAACCGUCACCGGAUUUCGCUCUUCUGAAUCGACUGUCCCAGCCCAGGGCUCGCCAGCCUUUUGCAGCAAAUACAUCCCAACCGCCAAGCGGAUGAAACUUCUCCCAGCCGAACAGGCUUUACUUCCCCAGCAAAGCUUCUCAAAGCGAGUGAUGAGCAAGAUCCCACUUAUUAGUUGGUUGAGCGCGGACAUUAUUGGGAGUGCGGUGCCGCGGACGGAACAGGGGGAGUUUGACUGGGUGAAGGCGAGCUUGUAUUGGAAGUUGGUGUGGUGGGUUGACAGCAUGACGGGGUGGUUUGAUGUUUGCAGCAAUGACAAGGAGGAUUAG